AUGGUUGGAGAAGCAAACGAGCGCUACGUGAGACCACAAGGCCAAGCCCCACCUUCUGAUCUUACGGUCACACUGACUAUGUGGGACUUCGAUCCGUCAUGGGCGUUAUCACCAGAGCCUCUGCUAACGAAAAAAGCGAUGAACAACAGCCGCGUGAUUCUAUCGCAUGCCCUUAUCUACAAUGACGGCGGCUUUGACAUUUCUCGUUGCGGGCGAUACUUGGCAAUUUGUGCUGAUUUCUCACUGAGGCAAGCUGAAAAAGAGGUGGAAAUGGAAGCAGAAAACGAAGCUACUACAGAUUUGGAAACGAUACUUUCUUCUGUCCCAGCGACGAAUGAGUCGACUGGUGGUGCAGCAAGCCCCAGCGAAGACGUGAGCGAUGUUUCUGUAGCAAACCCACAAGUUACUGCUUCGAACGAGAGCAGCUCCUCUUCCGGUGCGGUAUCACGCGGGACGCGCGGAAGUACGGUUUCCGUGCAGACUCUGCCAGUGACCAUGCCAUUGUCGCUUCCGAUUCGUUCACCGCCACCUCGGCUUGUGGCCGUUUCCGGCAUGCACACAGGUACACCGAAUAUGCUGGCAGCGUUGCAAUCAGCCGCCGCAGAUUUAUCUCUCACCAUGGAUCAAUAUAUGAAUCAGCAAAUACGACGAGUGCGGCCUCGACUGCACCCGCCCCAUGGGAUUCAGCGCUACACUGCGGCACUUGAACCAACGCGUAGUGCUACGGCUCCUGCAGCCGUUCCCCAACAGAGAUAUUCGCAGAUUCGACCCAAUAUUGCGCUGAGUCGGACACGAUUUACUAGGAACCAGCGCAACCGCCGAGGGCGGUUAUCAUCAGAGAACCAGUCAACGUGGUUAGCAUUGAUCUCUCUCGAUCCGGAAGAGCUUGGUCGUGUCAUUCAGACGUGUCACUUAGCUGAGACAGCGGCAGGGGGUGUGACUUCGGUGAAAAUUUCGCCGACGUCAGCUUACGUACUGCUUGGCUAUGGUGUUCGAGAUCGUAUACAACGUGAGACGGAGUUCCCAGUCCACCGAGUGACACGUAUAUAUCGGUGGGAAGAUAUGGCGCUGCUGUCGCACGUGGAGAGUGCAAUGGAUGAUGUAAAUAUAGCAUUGUUUAGUCCAAUAUGCGGCGGGGGCUUCUUGUACGGAACCAAGCAGGGCAAACUUCGCGUAUGUAAUACGUUUCGAGGCGACUUUCACGACGAAGAGAAUUGCAAUGUGUUAGAUGGUCCACGUCGCUGUCAUUAUGAUCAAAACGUUAAUGGCGAAGACGAAAACGACGAGGACGAAGACGCCGAUCUGGGCGAAGAAGGCGAUGAAGAGGACGAGGACGACGAGGACGAGGAGGAAGGCGCCGAUGAUGAAGAGGAGAAUAUGGAGGAAGGCGACGAUGAAGACGAGGAGGGCGGAGGUGAAGAUGGGGACGCUGAUAUGGGUGAUUAA